AUGAAGAAGCCUGAAGAAGCCGAUACACUAAUGCAAUGCCCAACCAGUAUGGUUCUACUUUUUAUUCUAUCUUUGGAGGCCGUUUUGGUAUCCAUUAUCGAAGGGUUUAUUAUAUACUUUCACAGUAUGGUGUUUGCACAAUGCAAAUUUACAUUGGAUACACUGGGGUUUGGACAGGCCGAUUUGAUUUACCAUGGCAUAUUUAUCAUGGCCCCCAUCUACCAGCUAUUUUUGUACUUGGAUGCGUUACGGCAACGAAAUAUAAUUCAGUUAUUUGCGCUCAUAAUAUUUAGUUUUCUCAUGGUGUGCUUUUCAGCUAUCCAAACAGUCCAGCACAUGACAUAUGAGCAAGCAGGUUGCAAUCUGGAUUACCGAAACGCAACCCAAGUAAACUCAACGGAUAUAGCAUCGUCAGCGUAUGAUUUUCAAGACGACAUUGAUGCUGGUGUAUCAAAUAUUAGACCCUUUGAAUACGCAGUUGCUAGUGUCAUAGGUAUCUGUUUCAUUAUUAUGCUUGCCUGUUCCUUCAAAUUGUACAAGUUGUUUCACUGGAAUAAUUACUUGUCACAUACGUUUACUGACUUGCGUCUACGUAACGCACUUAUUGCUUGGUCUGUUGUUACAGGCUUACUCAAAAUUGAUUUCUUCUUUAUAUUUGCGUAUGCCAUACAGCUAGUACCGGCAGCAGUAAUUGGAUAUACUGAUAUACUUGCGUUUGAAUGUAUUAUAGUCUAUGGUAUUAGUUUAGUUGGAUUCUUGCUUGGGAUACAUUCUAUCAGAAACGAAAACAUGAAGGCUUUAACUGCGCUCAGUACCAUCAUCACAUUUUCAAUUGGAUAUUUUGUUUACCGACUUUAUACAUUUAUAAUUCCAAGAGAAACAACAGCAGAUCCAUUUUGGCUGACAAGAUAUGAACUGAUCUUUACAGCAAUGACAAUGACUUUACUAUCGAUUACAACACUCGGUGCAUGCUUAAUUUGUAUCAGAAAUGUUUGCUUGAAAAAGGUUAGAAUACUAGAGAGCUUCCAGUGUGUUUGCACCACAUGUUACAUGCAUACGGCAACCAUGGAAUCCGCCUCAAGUAUCAAAAAGCAAUCGCUCGAUUUGGAGCCAAUGGUUACUGCACAAAGUUUUAGAGGUCAAAUAUAUUAA